UUUUCUUCUUAAUCUGUAGCAUAAAUAUGUUACCAAAUAAUUUUCAUAUGCGUUGAAAUUUAGACAUAUUAUGCUUUUCUUUUUAUGUUAGACAGACAUAUUAUAUUUUGCUUAAGAAAGUGUUUCGUAUUACUAGUCAUUGUACGCGACAUGAUUCAUUAUGCGAUGGAUAAUUUAUACAGGAGGGUAUAUGCUGUUAUGGGUAUAUGUGUACGGUGGGUCAGCUUUAAAAAGAGGAUUUGGUCAUUCGGCAAUCAGAACGAUUAUUGCUGUCAGAUCAUACAAGUUGUGUUAUUCGAUUUUGAAUCUGAAAAUGUUUGCGAUCUUGGCAUUUUUCUUGUUUUCCAUAGUUUUUGCUAAUGACAGGAGCUUAAACAGAACGGAUUUGAAAUGCGAGGGACAUGCUUUUCAUAACGUGUCUCUUUCUGCAUAUUAUCCUGUAUUCGGGACAGAUGAUAAACGUAAUCACUUAGAUGACCAAGGAAAAAUGUUGAAUACUCUUCAGGAUUACCUUGAUGGUCGCUGUCGUUACGUCACUGUUGCCGGUAAUUUGAGAUCUGGCAUUCCAUAUGGAACGAAAGUAUGUAUAGAAAAAUUGAAUGAGCAAUUUGGAAGACAAAUUCACCUGCAGAUAAGAGAUCAGACUGAUUACGAAAACAAUAAUGACGCACUUAAUUUCUCGAGAUUGGAAAUUUGUGUUAGAACCGAGGAAGAUACUUAUGAUACGUAUUUAAAUGGCCUUGUUACUAUUCAUAUAUAACAAUUAUAUUAAAAUUAUGUACUUAAUUGUUAAUUAAAAAUAAUACUGUUAAAUUUAUGUUUCAUAAUAAGAUGUACUAUAUGGAAUUGAAUUAAAUUGUACAUAUAAACAAA